GUAAGUGCCUGACCCGACACUAGAUUGAUACUAGACGUUGUACCAUUACGACGAAUACUGCAAUAGAAAAGAUGAACUUGUCUUCUACCUGAAGGGAAUAUACAAUUAGAUCUAUUUUGGCUGUAGUAUCCCUUUAAAUUCAUAACGGUUGUCUUCAGUACUCGACACCGAUUUAUCAGACAAAGACGACUGUGGAAGAGACUUCGUUAUUUUUCCUCAAAGGUUGUUUUUUAAACCUUUCUGUUUUUUUUGAACGACCUUGUUGGUUUUAUUUGUAUUUUUUUGUAGUGAGGGGACUAAUAGACCGGACAGCAAAGUGGAUUUAACGGGUGCGUCGCCGCCUUCCACUUGAUCUCCAAGAUGCUAUUGGUGUCUCCGCGGUUAGUCGACACACCUCGCAUGGAGCCCAUACUGUCUGGAUCACUGAAGAGGAGGCUGACUGCGACUGAGGGGGCCCACCAGGGGGGCUUACGGCAGGGCCAAGGGCCCGGUAAUGGCCCUGGUCUGGGUCUGAACGGUACCUCCGACGGUUCUUCCAUGACCCAGGGGUCCGGGGGGCCCACCAAGCGACUCUGCCUGGAGGAUGUGACCCUCGCCAUGGGUACCAGCUUCCAGCAGAGCUCUUACUCUGGAGGACCCAGUCCUGGAGGUCAUGGAGGUCCUGGAAGUCAGGGGUCACUUGAAGGUAACAGGCUGGGGAAUGGGAACAACGGGCUAGGGUCACCCUACUCUAUGCCCCCUAAGGCGAGUCCUGGGUCAGGGGGGCCUGGAAGCGUAGGUGGAGGAGGACAAUUUCACCCCAAUGGAAGCUCCUCGUCUGCCCCAUCGGUUGAGCAGGAGCUCCAGGAUAUUCUGGAUGAGUUGACCAAGAACCCAGAUCCUUCUCUGCAGGAGUUGGAUCUGGACAAGAUACUGGGGAAUAAAGAGGAGCAGAAUCAAGGAUCAGGGCCGAGGUACAUCCACCCACAUUCGCCCAAACGCUCCCCCCAGAGAACCACAUCUCACCUGGAGAGCCACCUCACCCACUCCCCAGGCUUUCCACAGGCAGGGUCUACCCAAGUAGGCCCGAGUCUGGCCGGAGCCCCGUACUCCAUCCCCCACCCCUCCAAACCCGUUCCCUCGCCUCUCUCGGCUUCACCACACCAUUCCUCUUCAUCCCAGAACCAAGCACGUUCUCCGAUGUUAUCCGCCGCCCUCUCCUCUCGACCCGGGUCUACUUGGCACGAGGUAUCGCGAGCUCAACAGCUCCAGCAAAUGGCGUCCAACUCCAACAAACACCUUUCCUCCAACACCCCUAUCCCCCAGAACCAGACCCAGAAUCAACCCCAGACCCAGGCCUCUAUGCCUCUAUCCCAGCAAGGCUCACCCUGGGGCGGGCAGAAACUCCCCAACUCCUCCCCGCUCCACCAACAACCAUUCAGCCCGGCUGGAAGCAUUCAAAGCCCCCAGGGGUCAAUGUCAAUCUCCAUCCUGGCUCCAGCUCCGUCUGCAGGGCCUUCACCACCCUACCGCCCAGAUAAGCUAGGCAGUCCGGCUCUCGCCCAGCCGCCGUUUAGCCCACAGAGUACCCUUCUACCUUUAGGAAACACCAGCACAUCCAGCACUUCAUCCAACAUCCAGGGGUCACAAGCCAACUACAUGCCCAGUGGAGGUGCACCAACAUCAGGCGCCACAAGACCAUCUCCCCCCUACCGAACUGACAAGCCUCACCAAAGCCCGGCGCUCCAGUCCCAGCAUCAACCUCAACCCCAGAACCAAACCCUACCCCUACCCCAAACCCAACAACCACAUCCAUACAGCACCCAGAACGGGUCAGGACCCAACAACAACAUCUCGAGUCAGCUCUACAAAGCCAUGACGGCGGGUCAACCCAGCAGCCUCAAGCUACUCAUGCAACAACAACAACAUCAACAACAACAACAGCAACAUUCAAACACGCAACAGCUACAGACGAACGCCCAACUGGGCCAACACCCGUCCAUGUCCAAACCAUGUGGUGGUGGAGUCCCGCACCAGGAACCCUCAUAUUCCUUCACCAACACCAAGCCCCUCCGCCAUUUUGACCUGGACCCCCAGCAGAAGAUGGGAGGAGGGGGUGGACCCCCAAUGGGCCCUGGACAGGGUGGACCCCCCAACCCCAUGGCUGGUUACCGUGGAAUGCAGCAUGGUGGUGCAGCCGGAACACCAGCGUCAGUAGCAGCGAACCAUGCCCAUCUAUUGCAACAGAGGAUGCAGCAGAGAGCAGCAAUGCAGCAGGCCGCAGCAGGAAUCAUGGGGCCACAACACUGUAGAGAGGAGCAGACCCCAGGCAUGGUCUCUCGUCUCCAGGACCCCUCAGUCCCCCGUCCAGCCCAGACCACCACCAACUACAACCUGCUGCUGAAGAGCCAGCUCAUGAGGAAACACCUCCAACAGGAGCAGAAGAGGCAGAUGGAGCAGAUGAACGGACCACAGAUGGCUGAGUGUCAGCAGGGGCCACCGUUUACAGGUGGUGGUCGGCCUCUCCCCCCAGAUUGUGGUGGUGGCGGCGGAGGCUACCCCAUGGGCGGUCCCCAACUAUCCCUCGGAGGUCCGCUCCCUUCUGGGCCCGGCCGCCUCUCCCUUCCCCCUGGCCAUCCAGGCCACCCCGGACCCCCAGGAUCUCUCACCCAAGUGGGCCGCCCAAUAGGAGGCUUCAUGGGUGGGCCUCCAGGUUCCAAGCACUCCCUCUACCACCCUCCACAGGUGGGUGAGUUUGUUGGUGCCGGUGGUAUGCCAAUGAGACAACCACAGUUACCGCACGGCAUGAUGGGAAUGGGCGGUCUGGCUGGUCCUCCAAGGCCAGGGAUGCAGCAGCAGGUGUCCAGGACAGGGAUGACAAUAGGGGGGUCAGGGCCCGGGACGGGGUUACCACCUGGUCACCCCCAGCACCCACAGCAUCUACGCCAGGCUCUGCAUCAUGGUGGUGGAGGGGCGCCACUCCCACGAAUGAUGUUCACCGCCCAGCAAGCUCAUCAACAACAACAACAACAACAACAGACUGCAAUGUGGCCUCCGCAGCAACAGGGGGGGGUAGUGAACGCCCUGCAGCAGUGCAUGCCUUGCGGUGACUCCCACAUGGACCAGUCGGCCAAUCACCAGCAGCCGCGUGGGCAUGUUUUUCCUGGAGGGGGCGGGGCCUCAAACGGAAGUUGCAGUCAGAACCCUAACGCCCAGUUUACCCAGCAGGCAUUGCGGUCGGGGAUGCCCGGGGGCAGUGGCGGUGGGAACAAUUUCGCCCCCCACCAAGGACCUCCGUCGUUACCCUCCAACCAGGGGGUCGGGGUGCCUUCCUUACCUAGCAGACUGAUGCAGAAGCUGGGUGUCUCCGUGGCAGGGCAGCCCCUACCCUCCAUGGUCCACCAGGGGCUCCAGGCCGGUAUGCGACCCAGGGGACCCCUCUCUGCCCUGGCCGGGAUGAAGCCCGGUCCUCUUGGUAUGAUCCACCCAGGCCACGGCAUGGCCCCACCAAGCUACCCUGCCUCUGGGGCCGCCAUCGCAAAACACCCGCAUUCUCAUCCACACCAGCAUCAACACCCCCAUGGGCCUGGAUAUGGACCAGGACAGGGGAACCCCGGACACAAACUACCCCCAUAUGAAUACAGUCAGCAGGGGCAGAGCAAUGGGGGGAUGGGGGGUAGGCCGGGAGGAGGUGGAGGAGGAGGGGAGGUAGACUUUAUUGACACUCUGGUGGGGUCCAAUGAAGACUGGCUGAACAACCUGACUAUGAUAGACGAGUACCUGGAGCAGAACUCAUAGGAGGGGGGUCAAAGGUGAGAGAUUAUAGUUCAGGGGUUAGGGGUCAGUUUGUUGACCUCUCAGCUGUAUAGAAGUGAUGUGGUUCUGGGGUGUGACAGGGAAAGGGUUUAUUACAGGCUUAUGAAGGUUUAUAACAAGGUGUGUACCUUUCUAGAAGCUUCUACCUGAGUGGACGUUUUUGAAUGAAUGUGAUUGGUUGUGUCGGAGUGAUGCACUACAAAGCCAACCAAUUCCCAGCCGUCCAACCCAAACUUCAAACUCCCACGAUACCCAAAAUGGUUCCACUCCCCCACAAGUCCGCUGUCCGAUAUCAUCGGUUGCCAUUUUGGAAAGAGGGAAUGGCCCUAAACGGAACACAGGGAACAUAUGGAUCCUCAUAAUGCUGGGAAACAGAAGCUGAAGCUUCUACCUCCAAAGAGCUAGCAGCAGAGUAGUAACCUCGCGUAGCGGGAGUAAAAGAGCGAGAUGCUCCACAUUCUGGUCCUGUCAAGAAAAACAGCCACCGACAGUACAUUUUAUCUUCUGCUGUUCGACCUAUCCAGUAGAUGUGAAGAUGGAGUGUCGCCUCGUUAACGUCCUAAAGCGGAAGUCGCGUCACAGGCGUAUUUAUCUGGUUUUCGUCGGUCCGCUGAGGGUGGCAGAGUAGUGGAGUCCAAACAUUUUCAUUGGCUGUUUCUGUGUCUGUUACUCGGACAGUGGACUUAAGGAAGUUAUUUGAAAUCCUCUCCCCUGUAGGGAUUUCUCCUAACAAAGGGGAUAGGUGUAUAAAACACACUGUGAUUGGAUGAAAUCAAUGUCCUCCAGCAUGCAAUUGGUCCAAUGUUUUUCAGUGCAAUGUUGUGGUCUGUACUAAAUUGAAUUUUGUUUCAAAGUAUUUUGGUGUGAUUUGGAAGCACAGCGAAAAAGAAAGAUUCCAGAUUAACCAAUCCAAUUAGCUCCUGCUCUCACAUAAUGUCUUUGAGCCAAUGGAAUAUGAAUAUACAGGGAAAGACAGCCAAUCGCCAUUAUUUCCAUGGUAAAUUGUCAUCACUAUUUUGAUCGUGAACGGGGGAGUGUGGGGGCUUGUACAUAGUAAACUAUUUUGUAAAAUAUGUUUUUGGUAAACUGUAUCAUACACAAAAGAGAAGUACACAUAUUUAUACUUCUUUUCUGCAGCUUAAGUCUACAGAUUCCCUUUGUACAUAAAUUAUCCCAAAAUUAUAAACAAACACACAUAAAUGCUGCAAAAAACAUUGAAAUUAUAGUUCACAAAAUAAAAUCUGUUUUACACUAGAAUAACCUUAUUGUAAUUUGUUUGAAAUAUGCAAGACAAUACAAUUAGUGUAGUUUUUUUCCCAGUAAUACUGUGUAUUACAAUGUUAUUACAUAUUUGUUAUGUUUUUGACAUAACUCGAGUCCUGGUACCCCGAUUGCCAAGGCUUCUUUUGAAAGUGGAUUUUGAACAUUCAAAAUACACACACCAUUGCAAGAUACUGUUCCACACACACACACACACCUACACACACACACACACACACACACACACACACACACACACACACACACACACACACACACACACACACACACACACACACACACACACACACACACACCCUCUCUCACUCUGGCAGUGCCCAUACCUGUGAGGUCAAAGUUCAUCAUCUUGGUCCUUCUACUGUACUGUAAUAUCUUUGUUCACAGGCAAUAUAUCCAUAGACUUAGACAUUGUCAACAUUGCAUAAUCCAAAACAACAAUAUAACCUGUUUGAUCUGUAUUACCAUAUCACAAGGUAAAGAACACAGCCUAACUUAAAGUGGAAGCCACUAUCAUAGAAUCACCACACUCUAUAAAGAUGCAUUAGUCUAGAGUCACCUCUUCUCCUUGUCUCCUUUCCUUCAUUCACACAGAUUUGAAAGAAACGGACAGGUGGCAAAUAGGCUUCCACAUAUCCGAUGUCUAUCCUUUCAGAUUAAUGCUGAUAAAGGGGAGACUAGGAAAGGAAGCGUCUGUAAAUGAUUAGGAUGCACCCCCAUUACAGUUUCCCCUACCUUUUGGACCACACAGGCUGGUGGACAAUGACUUAUAAAAGCCAUGAAAAGAGGUUAAUCGACUAUCUGUGAUUUUUUUUUUUUUUUGUCUUGAUAUUUUUUGUUGUUGAUUUAAAAUAAUAAACUGUAUAAAUGGGAGAGAAAAAAAAUGUUGUCUGAUGUUUUUAUUCCACAUGGGUCUUGCCCAGUCUCUUGUUCUGGUUUUCCUCUUGUUUUUGUUUUUUUGGAGGCUUCCCUUCUUUUUCAUGCCCAAAUUAUUGCCUAGUUUAAAUUACCAUAUCUAAACAACAGUCUUCCACUCCCUCUCCUUCUCCCUUUGUCCAACAUGCAUCACAUUGACACCCAUUCCACGUCCCAUGAUGUUAGUGAGUAGCAGCCUCAAG